UGCCCACCCGCAGGACGUAUCGAGAGGGUUUUGAGCCCAGGCGAGGGCGCGGAGGUAGUCGGGCCCGUUUAGGGCCCUAGCGGUUCGCGAGAGGCACUUCGGCGUCCAUCUGGAGGCUCCUGGGCCGUCGGACGCGCGUCUUGUCUCCAGCCAUGGGGUCUGCGGCGCUGGAGAUCCUCGGCCUGGUGCUGUGCCUGGUGGGAUGGGUGGGCUUGAUCCUGGCGUGCGGACUGCCCAUGUGGCAAGUGACCGCCUUCUUGGACCACAACAUCGUGACGGCGCAGACCACCUGGAAGGGGCUGUGGAUGUCGUGUGUGGUGCAAAGCACCGGGCACAUGCAGUGCAAGGUGUACGACUCGGUGCUAGCCCUGAGCACGGAAGUGCAGGCGGCUCGGGCGCUGACCGUCAGCGCCGUGCUUCUAGCGCUAGUUGCGCUCUUCGUGAGCCUGGCGGGCGCGCAGUGCACCACCUGCGUGGCCCCCGGCCCGGGGAAGGCGCGCGUGGCGCUCACGGGCGGCGCUCUCUACGCGCUCUGUGGGCUGCUGGCGCUGGUGCCACUUUGCUGGUUUGCCAACAUCGUGGUCCGCGAGUUCUAUGACCCAACCGUGCCCAUGUCGCAGAAGUAUGAGUUGGGCGCAGCGCUGUACAUCGGCUGGGCGGCCUCGGCUCUGCUGAUGUGCGGCGGUGGCCUAGUGUGCUGCGGCGCCUGGGUUUACGCCGGUCGCCCGGACCUCGGCUUCCCGGUCAAGUACUCCGCGCCGCGGCGGCCCGCGGCCAGCGGCGACUACGACAAAAAGAACUAUGUUUGAGCGCGCGGAGCACCGCGGGUUUCCGCGCGCCAGCCACGCCCGCGAGCCGGACACCGGCCCAGGGAGCCUGCGUGGACGGCGAACUCCGCUGGACCGCGCAGUGCAGCGUACGUGCUCCGCAGAGCCGCCCACUCUACACCAGGACGCGGCCCACAGGCAGAGAUCAGCUCACAGCCUGUUCUGUCAGCCAUCAGCCGCGCCCUGCCCCGAAUCAGCGAAAGGCACUUGGAGGACUUACUAAGUUUUUUCUGUGCGCGCUGCUCGCUCUUAUCUAUGUUGGACGCGCGAUCCACCUGCCUUGUAGCCACUAGACUGAAAAUGCCUCUUCUGUCCCUGAUCCUCUGGGUCUUGGAUGACGCAGUCAUCCCCAGCUGCUCCUCGUGAUUCCAGAGAGGCAAAAGAACCCAGGGUCCUAAACUGGGCUGCGGGAGAAAUGUACUACCGGCCUUGGCCUCAUAGGUGGGACGUGGACCAGGGAGAACCGAGACUUGGACCUCACCCGGCAAGCUACCAAGGCGAGACUUGUGGACACCAGAUCCUGGGUGUGAGGCUGGGGCCCUGCGCAGCUUAGGGGAGGGUAAGAAUUUGUUUAGUAAAUGGUUUGA